GUGUUGGAUACGGCGGUGCAAACAUGAGCACGUCGACCAAUCAGAUUUCGCCCUGGGACGCGCAGCUGACAACGAAAACAAAGAAAGGCAUGUUUUUCCCUCUAAAGCUGCUCGCUUCCCAUGCAUCGCCUGGUCAAGGCACUGGAGGAGCCGUCACUAUUUAACACUUACUCACUGGACACACUUCACUUUCACCAGCAUCUAGACUGUGUGUCUGCUCAGAGGGACGUGGGGAGCACGUCGAAAGAUCCAGGUAAAAAGAGAAGAAAAGUAAAAAGGACAGUGCAGAUCAGUAGAUGGCAGGUUCUCUCUGCUUCCAGGGUUUGUCUUGACGGCUGCUACCUUUUAUCAUGCUGAGUCUCAUCAAACUGCCUCAAGUCUUAACCAUCAACCAAGUGCCGAAAGUCUUUCAUGAAGAUGGGAUCAUUUCAGGGUAUCGAUACCCCUACAGCUCAGCUCAAGACUGUGUUCUUAGUCUCUUCCAGCUUACUAAUGAAACCCUUAACAUUUGGACCCACUUUCUGCCCACAUGGUUUUUCCUAUGGAAGCUGCUAAUGGUGCUAGUAGAGGAGGAGUGGCAGGAAGACACAUACUGCUGGCCUCUACUGGUCUUCCUGGUGUCCUGCUGUUUGUACCCACUGGCCUCCAGCUGUGCCCACACGUUCAGCACCAUGUCUGAGCGUGCCAGGCAUAUCUGCUUUUUCUUUGACUAUGGAGCGCUCAGCUUCUACAGCUUAGGUUCUGCUAUCACCUAUUCCUCUUAUGUGUUUCCUGAGAAGUGGGUCAACAGCCCUUUCCAUAAAUACUACAUUCCUGCUGCUACACUCAACUCUGUUAUCUCCACCGGACUGGCCUGUUACUCAAGGUCUACUGUGAAAUCAGCUGCAAAACUAGGAAAGGGUCUGAGAAUUGUUGCCUUUACUUUCCCAUAUCUCUUCGAUAACAUCCCUUUGUUUUAUAGGAUGUUUAUGUGUACUGGUGAGGGCUGCACAGUCAAUGAUGCCACUGCUGUCCACUACCAGCACACUGCACUGGCCCUCCUCACUGGCUUUCUCUUUGCUACGCAUCUGCCUGAACGCCUGGCACCUGGCAGCUUUGACUAUAUAGGGCACAGCCACCAGCUCUUUCAUGUGUUUGCUAUCAUUGGCACAUAUUUCCAGCUGACUGCAAUUGAGCUAGACAUGACCCUGCGGAAGCGGUGGCUUCAGGCUCAUUCACAGCCGAUUACCUUUACCAACACAGUGGGUGCAGCGAUUCUUUGCGUGGCCUCCAGUGUCUGUAUAAUCAGCAUCUUCAGCCGGACACUUUUCUCCACCAGACAUAAGAAGAAUGAUGAUUUGAAAAGGUCACAUUUUAGUGUAGCCUCUGACUCAUGGUAACCAAAGGGUGUUUUAUUUUAAGCCAGGAGAGAUUAUGAUAAAAGAAUGGCUUGUGCUGAUAUGAAAUGUGAAGCUGACUGGAUUGGCUGUACUAAUUCUCUUUUAAAAGUUUGUUCAUUUAGUUGUAUUCUUUUCUCUCACAAAAGUGGUUUAUUGACUAAAACUAGUUCUCAGUGCCUUUUAUCAGGAUGCAUUCAGAAUAUGUGCCUUAUGUUUCUGUUGUAUUUUAUCUAUUUGUUUGUGUGUUUAACCUCACCUUGAAAACAAGGAUCUCACAUAUGCACACUGAUGACUAAGAUUUUAUUAUUAUUUUUUUCAAAAGUUAUGUAAAAGUGUUUGUUUUGGUCGACUGUAUUUAUAACUGUGCACUGUUGUCUAUUUAUAAUGAAUAAACUAUUGAUUUUG